GGGCCUGUCUUGCUGCUUUGAUUAUAUUUUUUAUUCAAAAAUUAUUAUUUAUUUUUUUGAGUGUGCUUAAUUGUCAUUAAAUUUAAAUGAAUGUUAAAAAGCUUAAUGGCUUUUAGUGGCUCAAUUAUACUUAAACUGGGAAAACUGGUUGACAAAUUAUAUAACUGUCGAAACGGCCAAGCCCAUGUUGUUCAAGGAAUAGUUUCGAGGAAAACACACAAAGACGCGCUAUUUGCGAACUCAUUAAACUCGUUAAGGCAACUUCCUCGAAGGAAUUUCUUCAGACAUGCAACAUCGACAAAAUCAUAUUUCCCACCCAUUUCCCGGUUGAUGAUGACUGUAGAGGGCGGGUCACGAACAGGACAGGUGAAAAAUAUAGCGCUCAUCAGCGAGGAGUGUUCAUUCAUUUAUGCAGCACUAGAGAGAGAAGAUGAGUAACUGGAUUAUCAAUCACGGGCUCAGCGCCUUCAUCUUGGUGGUGUGGAUGGGCAUCAACAUCUUUCUGUUUGUCUACUAUUACUUAUUCUAUGACCAGGGACCACAAUUUGAGUACACUCGUGAACUUUUAGGGUCUGCAUUACCUUGGGCCAGAGCUCCAGCCGCUGUACUCAACUUCAACUGCAUGCUGAUCCUGUUGCCAGUGUGUCGAAACCUGCUGUCUCUGCUCCGCGGCUCCUUUAUAUGCUGUGGCCGCACAAUGAGGAAACAGCUGGACAAAAAUCUGACUUUCCACAAGUUGGUUGCUUACAUGAUUGCCCUUAUGACAGCGGUUCACACUGUCGCUCAUUUGCUUAAUGCGGAGUGGUACACAAACAGUUUCCAAGGUCUAUAUGGGCCUCUCGCCAGUAAACUGUCCAUGCUUGAUGACUCCGUUGAAUUAAACACCACUUACCUAAAUCCCGUUCGCUCCAAUUCUACGACUCCGACUCUUCUCGUAUUCACCACUAUUGCGGGUCUCACAGGAGUCGUCAUAACUCUUGCCCUCAUCCUCAUGAUCACUUCAUCAAUGGAAGUUAUUCGCAGAAGCUAUUUUGAGGUCUUUUGGUACACGCAUCAUCUUUUCAUCAUUUUCUUUGCUGGCUUAGUUUUCCAUGGUGCAGGACGUAUUGUGCGAAGUCAGCAAGUUACUGAUCCACCUCACAAUAAUUCCUUCUGCGAAGAUCAUCCAGAGAAAUGGGGAAACAUUACUGAAUGUCCAAUUCCGCAGUUUGCAGGAGGGUUUCCUCAGACCUGGAUGUGGGUAAUUGGACCCAUGAUAAUUUAUCUAUGUGAGCGGCUGCUUCGUUUUAUUCGCUACAUGCAGCCUGUCAGUUAUAGGAAGAUUGUAAUCCGCCCAUCCAAGGUGUUGGAACUACAGCUGGUGAAGCCUGGAUUCAAGAUGGCAGUCGGUCAGUAUGUGUUCCUCAAUUGUCCAGCCAUCUCUCAGCUUGAGUGGCAUCCGUUUACCAUGACAUCAGCCCCGGAAGAGGACUUCUUUAGUGUACACAUCCGCUCAGUCGGAGACUGGACUGAAAAUCUCAUCAAGAUGGUCGAAAACCUACCAGAGGGUGGUCAAGGGCCCAAGAUGGCGGUGGAUGGCCCGUUUGGAACCGCGAGUGAGGAUGUAUUUGAUUACGAGGUCAGCAUGUUGGUGGGUGCUGGAAUUGGAGUGACCCCAUUUGCCUCUAUCCUGAAGUCCAUCUGGUACAAGUUUAAAGACUCUGAUCCCAAACUACGGACAAAGAGGAUUUACUUCUACUGGCUGUGUAGAGAGACAUACGCCUUUGAGUGGUUUGCAGAUCUCCUACAGGUCCUUGAGAGAGAAAUGGAGGAACGAGGAAUGAGGGACUUUCUCACAUAUAAACUCUACCUCACUGGAUGGGACCAGAGUCAUGUAAACCAUGCAAUGGUGCAUUUCGAUAAAGAUACAGAUAUCAUCACUGGUCUAAAACAAAAGACUAGUUAUGGCCGACCAAACUGGGAUAAGGAAUUUGAACAAGUUAAGCAAGAGAACCCAUCGUCUGUGGUUGGAACUUUCUUGUGCGGCCCACAAGCCUUAGGGAAGGACUUGGAGAAGAAAUGUGUGAAAUACUCGGACGUGGAUCCACGGAAAACCAAGUUUUACUUCAACAAAGAGAACUUCUGAGGAAAAUUUUCACAGGAAACCUAAUUAUCUUGAAGGGUCUGUGCACUAGGGAUUGUGCACUUCAGCGGUAUCAUGUUUUGCCAUUCCUCAAACGUUUCGACAGUGAGAAAAAAAGACAACCUUCUUCCUGGAAAGUGAACGAAUUGCUGGAAGUCGGUAUCAAAAGUCCACUUAUUGUAUUUUUUGGGCUUUCCAAGUUCCUUGUUAGAAAUGAAUCACCAAGAAUCAAGGAAAUCAGACAUACACAAGAACGUAUUGUAUUUUUAUAAGUGCUUCCUUAUGUAAACAACUGCACGACUCUAAAAUUAGCAUGGCAAGGAGUUACUGAAAUAGAUUUCAGAAUUUAUUUAUUUUAAAAGGAAAAGAUAUUCUUUAAAAGACACAUAUUAUCUGAUCUAACGUGUCACAUAUGGUUAGUCAUGGUUUUGUAACCUUUAAACAAUCAAACCAACUUUAUAAUCCAAGAUAUAAAUUGUUAAUACUGUACAUUAUAUAUCAUGUCUUUACUAAACUGUAUUUAUAAAUAAAUUAUGAAGGCAGGAAUUAAUUUCUGCAUUGAAAACA